AUGAAAAUUUUCGGAAUAAUUGUUAAUCGGAACGUAUCUGUCGGAUAUCAAAAUAAACGAAGGAGAAAUAUAAGGAGAAAGGGAAUGUUGUUAACGAUCGGAUAAUAAUUAGGAUGUCAAUAAUAUAUAGAUCCUUUGUAAAAAUAAAGACAAGAAAGUCCAAAGGAUUGAUUGGGUCAUCCCCGAGGCAACCGAUGGGGCAAACAAAAAUAAGCGAAGCACCGAGCAUAGUUCCAGUUCGAAUACUAGUCUUGUCCGGAGAAGAGGCCUUGCCCGAUAAUAGACCUUCGCAUAGACGAAUAUCGUGUGCCCAUCAUUUCUAUAAGCCUUUGUCAAUCGUCAAAUCAAUUUGCGACGCGAAUAGAGAAUCUAGAAGGGAGGGGCAAGGAUCCUGGGCAAGGAUCUUAUUUGAAAUUGAAACGAAAGCGUUUAUAACGGUGCGAUCCUCGACCAUGAACUUUGCCUUUCCUACGUUAAUCACCUUCGUCAUUUACGUUUUUUCGCCUAAAUACGGUCAAAGUCCGGUCGAUGCUCAAGCAAUGGUAAAUAAGGCGACGAGGAAAGGAAUCGUAACGAAUUCAAGACCGGUUAAUAUCUUCGUGAUCAACGACGAGGCCAACGAGAUAGCUAACGUGAGCAUAGAGGCGGCCCUGAAAACGCUUCGUGAUAAAUAUCAAGGUUACUUAGGUCAAGUUUAUUCGGUGCAAACGAACGGAUCCGAUCCCCAGGAUUCUCUCCAUCGGAUAUGCGAUGCUUGGGAAAAGGCAAUCGGCAAGGGUACGGGGAACGCGCCGGAUUUCGUUCUAUCAACGGCGAUCGCCGGUUGGACUGUCGAAGCGUCGAACUCGUUUUCGAGUGCACUCGGCUUGCCAACGUUGUCCGGUCAAUUUGGACAAGAGGAGGACUUGCGUUAUUGGAGUAACUUGGAUCAAGAGAAGAGGUCCUAUCUCGUCCAGGUAAUGCCGCCGGCUGAUUUGGUGCCCUGGAUCAUUCGAAAAUUGGCCAUUUACCUUAAAAUCACAAACGCCGCGAUACUAUUCGAUCGUAACUUCGACAUGAGCUACAAGUACAACAGUCUCCUGCUGAACGUGCCGACGAGACACGUGAUAAACAACAUUGCAGAAACCGUCGACGACAUGAAGGAACAACUUUCGGGUAUGCGAGAUUUGGACGUUGUGAAUUAUUUUAUUCUGGGUGAGGGAAAGACCAUUGACAUGGUUCUUAAAACCGCGGAAGCUUUAAAUUUUACCGGCCACAAGUACGGUUGGUUUGCCUUGACCAUGGAAAAAGAUAUCUGGCCAAAUUGCAAUUGCAAAAAUAUCAGUCUUCUAUUCAUGAAACCGGAAUUGAGAGAGACGGAUGAUACGUCGAGCGCCGACGAUUCUCUCGAAGCUAUUCUACCUAGUCCCUUUUUAUCGUCCGCCUUUUAUUACGAUUUGACAUUGCUCGGCGUUGAAAGCAUGAAAUCGGCGAUAGAACGCGAGGAGUGGCCGGUCCUACCUUCUCAUAUCGGUUGCGAUGAUUACAACGGCAACAACACACCCAGCAGAAAUUUUGAUUUUCUCGAGAAGCUUCGGGCUACGUCGAAGAAUAUGACGCCAACUUAUGCAGCUUUCAAAUGGGGCGAAAAGAAUGGAGAGCACGUGGUCGAUUUUCGAAUGUCCAUCAAUUUGGUCUACAUCGAGAAGGAGACGUUGACUUCCACGGAGAUUACCGGAAGUUGGUCGGCUGGAUUAGACUCACCAUUGGAGGUCAUCAACAAUGUCAUCGUAAACAGCACAGCGGUGACGAGCUACAGGGUCGUGACGGUUAUCCAUCCGCCGUUCGUCAUGUACAAGGAGGAGACAGGCGAGUGGUAUGGGUUUUGCAUCGAUCUACUCAACGAGAUACGCCAGACCGUCGAGUUCGAAUACGACAUACGAGCGAUAGAUGAUUACGGCGAGAUGAGCGAGAAUGGCAGUUGGAACGGUAUGAUAAAAGAGCUAAUGGAGAAACGAGCGGAUAUCGCGCUCGGUACUCUCUGGGUUAUGGCGGAGAGAGAGAAGGUCGUUGACUUUACCGUCCCUUAUUACGAUCUCGUUGGUUUAACGAUAAUGAUGUUGAAACCAAAAACUCAAACGUCCCUUUUCAAGUUCCUCACUGUCCUGGAAAACGAGGUUUGGUUUUGCAUACUUGCCGCUUACUUCUUCACGAGCUUCCUCAUGUGGGUCUUCGAUCGUUGGUCACCCUACAGCUAUCAAAAUAAUCGUGAAAAGUAUAAGGACGACGACGAGAAGAGAGAGUUCAAUCUGAAGGAGUGUCUCUGGUUUUGUAUGACCUCGUUGACACCCCAGGGCGGUGGGGAGGCACCAAAGAAUCUCUCGGGACGUCUCGUCGCUGCUACCUGGUGGCUCUUUGGUUUCAUCAUAAUCGCCUCUUAUACGGCAAAUCUUGCCGCGUUUCUCACGGUCUCUAGGCUCGACACACCGAUCGAAUCUUUGGACGAUCUUAGCAAACAGUAUAAGAUACAGUAUGCGCCAGUUAAAAAUUCUGCGGCGUAUAUUUACUUCGAGAGGAUGGCUCACAUCGAAGCUCGAUUUUACGAAAUAUGGAAGGAUAUGAGCUUGAACGAUAGCUUGUCGGAAGUGGAAAGGGCAAAAUUGGCAGUCUGGGAAUAUCCCGUCAGCGAUAAGUACACGAAAAUGUUUCAGGCUAUGAAAGAGGCUAAUUUCCCGGCUACCGCGGAAGAGGCAAUUAGACGGGUUCUUCGUAUUGAUUCGAAUAAUGAAUUCGCCUAUAUCGAGGAUGCAUCGACGAUCAAGUAUCUCGCUAUGACGAAUUGCGAUGUUAUGCAAGUAGGAGAAGAAUUCUCGAGGAAGCCUUACGCUAUUGCCGUGCAACAAGGCUCACCGUUGAAGGAACAAUUUAACAAUGCGAUUUUAAUAUUGUUGAAUAAGAGAAAAUUGGAGAAACUAAAGGACAAAUGGUGGAAACGUAAUCCCGAAAGGAAGGACUGCGGGAAGGAGGACGAGCAGAGCGAUGGUAUUAGCAUUCACAAUAUCGGUGGUGUCUUCGUAGUGAUUUUCGUGGGCAUCGCUUUCGCUUGUUUAACAUUAGCUUUCGAAUAUUGGUGGUAUCGUUAUCGACCAAAAGCCAUUAAAGCCUCGAGUCGGCAAAUCGCCUCGACUCCGAACGGCAAAGCUACGAAAGCCGUAAGACCAAUAAGAUUCAAUUUACAACCGGCACCCACUCAAGGCUUUCAAGCCGCUCGAUUUAAAUCGAGGUUUUGAAUGUAUCCUGCUUUAUACACAUGCAUACGUACUUUAUACACAUCAUACAUAUCGAUAUGAGUUGUGCGCGCAUGGCCGCACACACGUAUAUCUUAUCAUAU